AUGUGCCACACCAGCUGCUCCUCAGGCUGCCAGGCUGCCUGCCUGCCCAGCCUCUGCCAGCCGUCCUACAGCACGUCCAGCCCCUGCCACACGUCCUGCUUCACGUCCAGCCCCUGCCAGGCUGCCUGCGUGCCCGUGAGUUACAGGCCAGCCAUACGCCUGCCAGUGACCUACACGCCCACUCUGUGUGUGACUCCUUCCUGCCAGUCCUCUGUGUGCCUGCCCGUGCGCUACAGGCCGGCCGUGUAUGUGGUCCCCUCCUGCCAGUCCUCAGGGUGCUACCAGCCCUCCCGCCCCACCCUGGUCUGCAGACCUGUCUCCUGUAGCACCCCUUCCUGCUUGUGA